AUGUCGACGGAUGAAGAAGAAGCUAUUUCAAUGACGUCGAAAGACGCAAAAGAUGUCGAAAUAGCAGCCCUGAAGGCUGAGGUAUUACGGCUACAAAAAUAUGCCGUAAUACCUCAGUCUUUAGGGUUGGAUCCGGGGCAGCCCGUACCAUUGGCGACGCAGCCGCCCCUACCAGCGGCGACGCAGCCGCCCGUACCAGCACUACCAGCGGCGACGCAACCGCUCGUACCAGCACUACCAGCGGCGACGCAGCCGCCCGUACCAGCACUACCAGCGGCGACGCAGCCGCCCGUACUAGCACUACCAGCGGCGACGCAGCUGCCCGUACCAGCACUACCAACGGCGACGCAGCCGCCCGUACUAGCGGAGAUGCAGCCGCCCAGCGCCCCAUCACAAACAAGACCAAGAAGAUGGGAGAAAAGUAAGUAUGCCAGAGGGCAUCGAGGAGGACGCGGUGGACGCAGAGAACGUGGACGCGGUGGAUACAGUGGACGCGGUGGACGC